UUCUGUUUCCUGUUGACUCAAAUAAACGAUUUACCUGCAAUGACACUGUUUGGAGUUUUUUCUCUCUCUCUCGAUUAGACAAAUAAACUAUGGAUCCGGGUUUGGGGGCGUGUUCCGCAGAAACACUGAGACACAAGACAGUUUAGAAAGCCCCUCAUGUCAUUCAUAAAGCCAGCACUGAAGAAGUCGGACCUCUGAAAGUUUUCUCAGUGCUUCAAGAAACCUAUGCAGUAAACUGCCUCUCUGGAUCUAAUUUUCGUGUACGGAGUUUGCAUAAAUAACAGGAUGAAGACACCGUCAGCGUUGACCGCCGCAGUAGUGCUGGGGCUGCUGCUCAGUCUGCUGACGAGUACAGGCGCCGCCACAUUUCAAGGAACUUUCCCGCACCCGUACAAGUACAGCCCAAACGAAUCGGAGAGGUCGCAACAAACCCCGAUAAGUGGAUUAAUCUCCCGCGGCAUGGGGACCCUAACAGUCGCGGACGAGGUGCUUGAAUCCAGUCAGGAAGCCCUGCACGUCACGGAGCGUCGGUUUCUGAAACUGGAUUGGUGCAAGACGCAGCCGCUCAAGCAGACCAUUCACGAGGAGGGCUGCCUGAGCCGCACCAUCAUCAAUCGUUUUUGCUACGGCCAGUGCAACUCCUUCUACAUCCCGCGGCACAUUUACCGCGAGGACAGCGCUUUCCAGUCCUGCUCCACCUGCAAACCUAAAACUUUCACCACCGUCACGUACACUCUCAUCUGUCCGGGCCAGACGCCGAGCACGAGGAAGAAACGGGUCCAGCGUGUCAAGCAGUGUCGCUGCACGACUAUAGACCUGGAUUAGAUGGAUACGGCUGACAGUACAUGUUUGCUUUCCUUCCUGGGAGAGGAAAGUGGAGUUAUGCACAAACACAAAGGAAAAAGUGUGUAUUUCAUAAGGGGACACAUUGGGCGUCAACUGGAUAUGACAACAUGUGACACUUGGUCAUAUGUUAGUCUGAGACCAAAUCUAAUCUGCUAUUUUCUGUCAUUAUUUUGGAGAGCAGAGAUCAUUAGUGGGAGGCCACGAGGGGAGGUUCCAGGACCAGCGUUCCCUCUGAGAUGACAGUUUGAUGAAAUGUCAAAUAAUUUAUCACAUUAGCCAAAUCAUUUAUCAAAUUAGCCAACUAGGCCUACUAAUACUUUGUCAAUCAUCAGUCGUUGCUCCACUUUCUCCUCAUUCUUUUCAUAUAAGCACGUGUGGAAGUUUUGGUGGAAACUGAUAUUAAAUGCAGGGACUUUGCCAUAUAGCUUAAGGUUAAGUUGAAUUUGUUGAUGCUGCUGAGGGACAAUGAGCAUGUAUAUACUGUAUAUGCAUAAAGGGUACUGAGGUGGACCAAACCCAAGUGGGCCACCAGUCAAAUGCUUAAUUGGCAUUGGAGUAACUGUUCAUAAAGUUAUUAUGCUUGUUGCAGGCAUCUGA